AUGGCCAGACCUGCCAUUCUCCUGGCGGGCAAGAUCCAUCUUGCCAACGAUGUGCUCGACGACUUGCGCAAGGAGCACGACAUACUAGAUCUCGUCGAGCCAGACCGCCAGAGCUUCUUGAAGGCAUGUGCAGACGGUAAACGAUAUGCCCACGUUGUUGCCUUGUAUCAUACCUUUGGCAUCACGAGAACCGUGGGCAAUUUUGACACCGAACUCAUCGAGAGUUUGCCCGCAAGCGUAAAGUACAUUUGUCACAACGGUGCAGGAUACGAUAUGAUCACCGCGAUCGAUGCUUGUACUGCGCGAGGUAUCCAAGUCAGCAACACUCCGAUCGCCGUCGACGAUGCUACAGCGACGACUGCCAUCUUCCUGCUCAUCUCUGCCCUGCGCCAUUUCUCAGAGGGCGAGGCAAGCGCUCGUCAAGGCAACUGGGCGAAGGGGUUCAAGCCUGGACGUGAUCCAGAGGGAAAGACACUCGGUAUACUAGGCAUGGGCGGCAUCGGCAAGGCAACGGCCAGGCGGGCAGCAGCUUUCGAUAUGGAGAUCUGCUAUCACAAUCGCAACCGGAUACCCGACGCAGAUCUCCGUCGCGAUCUGCCUGGCAUCAAAGUCACUUAUUGCGCCACAGUAGAAGAGCUCUGCAAGACGAGCGACGUCGUGUCUGUCCACAUCCCGCUCAAUGACCAGACGCGUGGGUCUUUUGGCCGCAAGGAAUUCAGCUGGAUGAAGGAGGGAAGCGCACUCAUCAACACUGCACGAGGAGCCGUCAUUGACGAGGAAGCCUUGCUCGAGGCGCUGCAGAACGGACAGCUCGCAUCGGCUGGCCUUGACGUGUUCCCUGCCGAGCCAACGAUCAAUCCGAGCCUGCUAGCGAACCCGAGAGUGACGGUACUGCCCCAUCUCGGCACGGCAACGACGGACACGAUGCGCAAGAUGGAAAUCCGCGUGCUCGACAAUAUCAAGCAUGCCUUCAAAACCGGUGAAGUGAUAGACCAUGUCAGCGAACAGAAGGACUGGCGCAAGUCCUAA